AGGUCACCUGUAACACACUCUGUGUACUUAAUCUGUCAGUCAGUCAAUCUUUGUUGUUGAUUGGCUCCCUCAGCUGCCUGCUAACCACUGGAUUGGAUGGUAAUCAGCUGGGUUUGGGGAAUGUGUGAUAUGACAUUUCAACUUUGUCCCCUGCAGAGACAGACAACACACUGAGUCAUUCCUCCUAGACGACAAAGCCACAGAGAGGACUAUAUUGAUCUGGUCUUGUUUUUUUUAAAUUCUUGCUGGAGAGUUUCACCAUAAUUUCAUCAGCUGCUUUAAUGUUGGAGUUAUGACACUGACUACAGACAAGGUGCAUGCUGGUAUGGAUCUCACUGACUUGCUCCUCAGAAACAUAGAUGAAACUGCAAGUUGCCCCAGCAACCAUCCUUGGAGUAUCACCAUUGAUAAUACACUGAGCUCUGAGGUGUCCACUGCAGACGACUUCCUGGAUGCCCUGCUGGGUGGUAGCGAGUGUUCCUCAGCUGCAGGGUCCCCCCUGUGGUCACCCUGCACCACAGACAGCGGCAUCAACGAUGACCCCCCAACAGACCCCAUGGAAAGCCUCCAGCCACCCUCCUGUGUGGCUUUUCCAGCCUUUGACACACUGUCCUUCCCUCAGCCUUUACCUCUGGAGAACCAGCCAGCUUCAAAUGAUACAAAGCCUCAUGUUUCCAUAGACCUGGGCUGGGAGACUGAUGACCUCCAGGAGCAGUUUGGCAUUGCACACUACCUCACGUCGAACCAUAGGUCCCCACUGUUGCCUGCUCAAACUCUCACAGUGAAGGACCUGCUGCUGUCCAACCUGGGACAGAACGCGCAGCAGAGCCCCCAGAAUUCCCUGCAGGAGCUUGUACUUAAUGAAGAUGAGAAGAUGCUUCUGGCUAAAGAAGGGGUGAAUCUACCCAACAAACUGCCCCUGUCCAAGUUUGAAGAGAGGGUUUUGAAGAAGAUCCGCCGGAAAAUCCGAAACAAGCACUCAGCCCAAGAGAGUCGGAAGAAAAAGAGGGAAUAUGUAGACAGUCUGGAGGGAAGGAUGUCAGCAUGCAACGCUUACAACCUAGAGCUACAAAGGAAGAUCCAGAAACUGGAGGAUACCAACCACGCUCUGCUGGAGCAGCUUAGCCGGCUUCAGGCUCUCCUUCCCAACAGCUCCAGCAAAACAACACACAGAGGGACCUGCAUCCUGGUUCUGCUCCUCUCCUUCUCCCUCAUCAUUUCAACAAACCUGCAGCCGGAGCCAUACAGCCACCGCAGCCGAGGAGAGUACGUGCUGACCCAAGUGCCGUCACGCGCCCUACAGUCAGUGGAUGAAGCACAGGAUAUCCCUCUGCUGCCUUAUAAAGAAGCCCUGACCCUUGAGAGGUCCCCCUACAGUAAAGCUCCCAUCCUCUCACCUCCAAGAUGACAGGAGGUGAGAAUCUCUGAUCUCAUUGGGGACCCUCAGGAGGGAAGAUGCAGCAAAAGAGUGCAGGCCUGUUUGCAAACACAGCAUUGAAAUGAGCACUUUGGUUGGUUUGCAGCAGCUGCAUAUUAAUUCAGAGACUGAGUGAGGUGUGUUUUCCAUUAACAGACACACAAACACCUACUUGAAUAUUUUUCAAGCUGAACUUCACUCAGUUCGAUGGACAGACUUGGACUGUGGGUGAAGUAUUACUGAUGUUUGAUUUGUAAAAUGACCUGUUAAUAUUUUCACUGCUGUAUGUUUUUGUUAAUGUUUAAUGACUAUGUCUAAAAACUUUAUUAACUAUGAUUUGAGUUACAUUCUGUAACAGCUCAGUGCUGGCAGAAAAACAAGAAUAAAAGAUGAAGGUUUGGAAACA